AUGCACCGACCGCCACCCAGCGUUGCCCACAAUGCGCCGCAAAUCAGCGUGAACGGAACCCACCUGCAAGUGGUGGACAACUUCGCGUAUCUGGGCGGCACCCUCUCCCACAGCAGCAAAAUCGACAAUAAAGUUGCCCGCCGGAUUUCCAAGGUCAGUCAAGCCUUCGGUCGUCUUAAAAACACAGUUUGGAAUCGUCAAGAUCUUCAACUCAGCACGAACCUGAAGAUGUACAAGGCCGUCAUGCUACCGACGUUGCUGCAUGGAGCGGAGACUUGGAAGGUGUGUACGAAGCAGGCACGUAAACUCAAGCACUUCCAUCUCAGUUGUCUUCGUCGAAUACUGAAGCUGAGGUGGUAGGACCGGAUCCCAGACACGGACGUACAGGAGCGGAUGGGAAUCUUCAGCAUUUACUCUAUGUUGAGCGGCCAUCUCGUACAGAUGGACGACGAGAGGCUCCACAAAAGACUCUUCUAUGGUGAUGUCGCUAAGGGUUCACGCCAACAAGGAGGUCAAGUCCGACGCCACAAGGAUACUCUGAAGCGCCUGCAGAUCAACCUGGCAAACUGGGAAGACCUCGGUCGGGACCGGCCUACGUGGAGAACAGUGAAGACAGGCGCAGCAUUCUUCGAAGCCAACCGCAUCAUCGUCGCCAAAGUCAAACGCUAG